AUGGCAAUCUGGCAGUUUCACCACUUCUUGAGGGAGAGGAUGUUCAAGGCGACGCCCAACCCAGCGCACAUCGCACUAGCCAGAUUCACCCUUCCUGAGCUUCGACACAGGCUCACUCCCGACUUUUCGUUCACAUUGAUCACCCAAAACAUCGACGGUCUCGAUCGGCGUGCGAUCGAGCACGCGAACACUGAAGCCGGAAGACCCAACCCCUUCUCGGCAACCACUGCUGGUCCGCAGCACCGCAACGACCCACACCGCGAGCUCGAUCUGAACUCCCCGAUCUGCCCGGCGCUGGCGGGCACCGAGCUGCUCGUGAGCGGUGCAUCGGACGAGCCGCAAGCGGCACCUGCGCCCAAAAGCUCGAAGCGAACCCCUGCUGAGGCGAGAUCGUGGGCGGAGGCGCGCCUUGCUGGCGUCAAGCAGGAGAAGGCAGGGUCUGAUAUCGACCCGGACAUCCCUGUGGAAGAGCUCCCGCGCUGCGCGAAGUGCGGCGCGCUCGCAAGGCCAGAUGUCGUCUGGUUCACCGAGGUGCCGCAGCAGAUCGACGAGGUCAUGCGGAUUGUCGACAGCGCAGAUGUGUGCGUUGUCGUCGGGACGUCUGCGGUGGUCCACCCUGCUGCCACUUUUUCUGCCAAAGUGAAGGAGCACGGCGGCACGGUCGCCGUCUUCAAUAUCGAGCCGGGAAAGCGGGACGCCCUAGCAGACUUCGUCUUCCUCGGGCCUUGCGAGGUCAUCCUUCCGCGUGUAUCUGAUACACCUCAGGCUGUAUGA